CUAAACAAGUGAAUACAGAGACAGUCAAAUAAAAACAAUAAUCUUUAAUAAUAUACACCAAAAAUGGCAGGAGGAGGUCUUGUCGGUCGCCGAGACAAAAUCAACACAGCAGCAGCAGCAGCUCAUUCCAUACGCGGAUCACGAAUCGCCAUCGCAAUAGCCAUCGGAGUUACACUCGGCUGUAUCUUUGCAUUUCUGUACCCACAUGGUUUUCUUUCUUCAAAACAAUCUUCUCAAUUUCAAGGCCGCCGUCUCACCAAAUCUUUUCUUCAGAUUAGAUCGACUUCAUGUGAAUCUUCAGAGCGAGUUAACAUGCUGAAAUCAGAACGGGCAGAUUUAUCAAGCAAGAACGAUGAUCUUAAGAAACAAGUUAUGGAUUUAACUAAAAAGUUAAUGGCGGCUGAACAGAAAAACGGUAAGGCUGAGCAGCAAGUGAUGGUCGUAGGUGAGCCACAAAAAACCGGACCUUUUGGUACUGUCAAAGGUAUAAGAACCAACCCUGUAGUUCUUCCUGACGAGACUGUUAACCCAAGACUCACAGAAAUAUUAAAAAAGAUUGCUGUGAAAAAUGAGCUUAUAGUUGCACUUGCAAAUACUAAUGUUAAAGACAUGUUAGAGGUGUGGUUCACUAGCAUUAAAAAGGUAGGUAUACCUAAUUAUCUAGUGGUGGCGUUAGAUGACGGGAUUGUGGAUUUUUGCAAAGAAAAUGAUGUGCCAUUUUACAAAAGAGACCCCGAUGAAGAUGUUGACUCUGUGGCUAAAACCGGAAGCAAUCAUGCUGUUUCAGGAUUGAAAUUCAGAAUCUUGAGGGAGUUUUUACAGUUGGGUUACAGUGUCCUUUUAUCGGACGUUGAUAUUGUAUACAUACAGAACCCAUUUGAUCAUAUAUAUCGGGAUUCAGAUGUUGAGUCUAUGUCUGAUGGGCAUGAUAAUAUGACUGCGUAUGGAUUUAAUGACGUCUCUGAUGAUCCUUCAAUGGGAUGGGCUAGAUAUGCUCAUACAAUGCGAAUAUGGGUUUAUAAUUCUGGGUUCUUUUAUUUACGGCCUACUUUACCUGCAAUUGAGCUUUUAGAUCGAGUGGCUGACAGGCUAUCUCACCCACCACCUUCUUGGGAUCAGGCGGUUUUCAAUGAAGAGUUAUUUUUCCCUUCUCAUCCAGGUUAUGUCGGGCUUCAUGCUUCUAAGAGAACCAUGGAUCGUUAUAUGUUUAUGAACAGUAAGACUCUUUUUAAGGAAGUAAGAAAAGAUGGUAACUUAAAGAAGUUGAAGCCUGUGAUUGUUCAUGUGAAUUAUCAUCCAGAUAAAUUACCGAGAAUGAAAGCAGUGAUGGAGUUCUAUUUCAAUGGCAAGCAAGAUGCGUUGGAACCGUUUCCUGAUGGCUCUGAUUGGUAAUGUACACUAACCAGGCUACUUUGAUAUUGUACUAUGGACAUGUAAUUUUUGUUUAUUUCCUGUCAUCUACAUAAAUGUGACUUUUCUAUCACCAAAUUAACUCCUUUUUUAUAUAUGAAACUUCUGUA